CAAACUGGCAAAUCGCGAACACAACGAAUCGAAAACUUGACCGAAAUGCUCGCUCCACUCAUCCAAAUCCUUCUUUUUAGUCUGCUAAAUCCCGGCUCCACAAUGGCCGGUCUGGUGAAGAGCGAAUCGGAGGAUUUUAUAGACUGGUGGCAGCACACGGUCUUCUAUCAGAUCUACCCAAGGUCCUUCAAGGACAGCAAUGGCGAUGGCAUCGGCGACCUGCGGGGCAUCACCUCAAAGCUGCCCUAUUUGGCGGACACUGGCAUUAGGGCCACUUGGUUGAGUCCCAUUUUCCAGUCGCCCAUGGUCGACUUUGGCUACGACAUAUCGGACUACAAGCAGAUCCAGCCGGAAUAUGGCACCAUGCAGGACUUUGAGGAGCUGAUCGACACCGCAUACGAACUGGGCAUCAAGGUCAUCCUGGACUUUGUGCCCAAUCACAGCUCGGAUCAGCAUGAAUGGUUCAAGAAGUCUGCUGCCAGGGAGCCUGGCUACGAGGAUUUCUAUGUGUGGGAAGAUGGCAUCGUGCAAGAGAACGGAACUCGAGUUCCUCCCAACAACUGGCCAUCGGUUUUCUAUGGUUCUGCUUGGGAGUGGCACGAAGGACGCCAGCAGUACUACCUGCAUCAGUUCACCAAGGAGCAGCCCGACUUGAAUUUCCGAAAUCCCAAAGUGGUUCAGGCCAUGGACGAUGUGAUACUCUUCUGGCUGAACAAGGGCGUGGCUGGCUUUCGCAUUGAUGCAGUGAAUCAUCUCUUUGAGGAUGAAUCUCUUAAGGAUGAGCCACUAAGCGGCAAGACCACGGACCCUCUGUCCUAUGAGUACACCAAACACAUCUACUCGCGGGAUCUGCCCGAGGUCUUGGAAAUGGUUCAGCAUUGGAGGAAACUUCUGGAGGACUUUAGUGCCAAGCACCCCGAGAAACCCACACGCAUCAUGAUGACGGAGGCGUAUGCCGGACUCACCCAACUGGCGGACUACUACGAGGACGCCAACGGGGUGCGGGGCUCCCAUCUGCCCUUCAACUUCCACUUUAUCACGGACGUCAAAGGCGACUCGGAUGCGCGUGACUUUGUCUACAACGUGGAAAAGUGGCUGAUCUACAUGCCGCGCGGGCACGCGGCCAACUGGGUCAUGGGCAACCACGACAACCCGCGGGUCGCCUCCCGAUUCGGUUCCGCCAGCGUGGACGCCAUGAACAUGCUGCUGAUGACCCUGCCCGGCGUCGCCGUCACCUACAAUGGCGAGGAGCUGGGCAUGGAGGACUACCGCGAUAUAAGCUGGCAGGACACGGUGGAUCCGCCGGCCAGAAAUGUGGGGGAGGAGCACUACAAGGAGGUCUCCCGGGAUCCAGUGCGCACACCUUUCCAGUGGAGUAAUGAAAAAAAUGCAGGCUUUUCCGGUGCCCCCAAAACCUGGCUGCCCGUCCAUCCCAAUUAUCCGGAACUCAACUUGGAGGCCCAGAAGGCAGCCAAUAAGAGUCAUUAUCAGGUUUACAAGGACCUUAUUGAACUGCGAAAAUCGGCCAUUAUGCGUUUAGGCCGUUUCAACAUCGAACCAAUUUCCCGUUGGGUCUUUGCCUUUAAGCGGUCCUACCCCAAUUUUGAGACGAUAAUUACCAUCAUUAAUGUGAGCGACAAGGAACAGUUGGUGAAUCUCACGGAGUUUCUCAACCGACCAAAUAAAUUGGUUGUUGAAGUUUGCGGAGUGAAUUCCAAUUAUCAACCUGGCGACAGCAUUCCGGUCGAGGCCACUACUGGACUUAAUCUGCCACCCAGAGGCGGAUAUGUGUUGAGAGAGCGGAGCUCGACGGUAAUGAGCGAACAGCGUCGAGCCUUGGUAAAGCAGCUCAUCAAGUCGGCCAAUGUGAUUCUGGUCGCACUGUUGGUCUACAACUUGUGGCGUCACAAAUGGACCAAAGUGAAUUUCAACCAACAUCGGUUUUGAUUGAUUUUUAGCGUUCCCCGGGCGCUCGUCAAAUGUGUGUUAUUGUGCUGAUUGAUUGAUGGAUUGAUUAAUUAAUUAAUAAAACGAACGAACUUAAA